GUCUGGAACCCUCUUGAUGCGACAAACGCGGAGAGGAGAGCGAUGCCUCCAAUCAGGGUCGUAAUUGCGUGCUCUGCCUGCAACGUCGCGCAGCACCCGGCCACGUGGGAGUGAUGUUUCCCAUAAAUUCCUCCCGGCAAUGUUCUGCAAGUUUCGAAACUCUUCACUACGGAGCUUCUUGUUUCGGCAAUUCUUAUUGACAACAUACUUCUGUCAGCGAGUCAGCAAUCCAAGUUGCCAUAUUCAGAGCAUUGUCACCACUGCAAAGGCCAGGCUCUGCUCAAGAUGGCGGAGAAAAGCUGACAGUGUAUCUGAUGCGGCGCAGCCCUUCGAGCAUUCAGAAAGAGUCGAGGGAAAAUGGUACCGCACACCCUUCUACAAUGCCACGAUUCUUGGCAUGUGUAGUUUUGCAGCUCCCGGCCUUUGGGGUGCGAUGAACUCUUUGGGUGCUGGCGGUGCUCAGGAGCCGUACCUUGUUAAUACCGGAAACGCGCUCACUUUCUGCCUUAUGAUCAUCUCAUGCUGGCUUACAAGCUCUGUUGUCAAAUAUGUUGGCAUCAAGGGUGCCUUGGUUAUUGGCACAAUCGGUUUUGCUCCCUACAGCGCCGGGCUGUACCUGAAUAACCGUUACGGUGUCGAGUGGCUCGUUAUCGUCGGUGCUGCCUUCUGCGGCGUCUCUGCUGGUAUCUUCUGGGGCUCCGAAGCUGCUAUUGCCAUUGCCUAUCCUGAGCCUCAUAACAGAGGGCGGAUGAUUGCUUACUGGCUCACUUGGACUCGAGUUGGGCAAAUCCUCGGCGGCGUUAUCAACCUUGGUCUGAAUGCUGAUCGCAGUGGAGCUGAUAAGGUAUCGUACAAAGUUUACCUCAUCUUCAUUGCCCUGCAAGCUUGCGGGCCUUUUGUUGCAAUGCUUUUGAACAAGCCAGAAAAGGUCCAACGAGCCGACGGGAAGCCAGUCCAGCUGACCAUUGCCGACAACCCAUGGCAAGAAAUCAAGGCUACAACGAAGACGUUACUCACUCCCAAGUUCCUGCUUCUCGUCUUGUGGAUUGGCCAGGGCGUGUAUUCUGAAUCCAUCUUCUUCACAUACAUCGCUCUUUGGUUCUCUGUCCGAGCUCGUGCCCUAGGAUCACUUCUCUCUGGCAUCGUUGCAGUUAUCGCUGGUAACCUCCUCGGGUUAUGGCUCGAUCAGAACCCGAUCGCUCUGAAGAAGAGGGCUCGCUGGGCCUUUGCGGUUAUUAUGACUCUCCAGGGUGCCUGGUGGCUAUGGCUGACUAUCAACGUCACCGAGUACCGUCGGACUCAGCCCACGCUCGACUGGAGUGACCCGGGAUUCGGCAGAGGCUUCGGCGUCUUCAUCUUCUUGGUCGCUGGCUUCCAACUGAACUACAACUUUGCAUUCUUCAUCAUUGGACAAAUUUCAGAAAGCCCCCAUGAGACCAUUCGUCUGUCAGCACUCCUACGAGGAACGGAGUCAGCAUGGCAAGCUCUUAGUUAUGGACUCAACGCAAUCCCGAUCUUCGCCUUAUUCGGCGGGCCUUAUAUCAACUUUGGACUGUGGUUUCUCUCGAUAUACCCGGCUUGGCUGGUUGUCAGACACUUCGGCAAUGAUGCGAAGAAAACUGAUACAGAGACAGUCGCUCAAUCGGAGGCAGUUCACGAAAUCAAAAGUUGAAGGAAAAGCCGGACCAUCCUGAGCAACGAUUCAAGUCGGAAUGUAUCAUGAGGUACUGAUCUAGAUCUUGAACCAGUCCUCCGGCUAUUGUUCAAAUAGACAUAGUAAUACAUCACAUGAAAUGCCC